AUGAAGUUUGAAGAAAAGCUUGAGGACAAAGGGAGCCUGGCAGGAAGGAGUCGGGUGCACCUAGAUGGGAUGCACCAGGCCAAUGGGAAACCAAUAGCCAAUGGGAAAACGGAUGGCUGUGGAAAGCAGGAAGCRAACGGCAAGAGCAACGGGCUCAGGGAAAGUCUCAACAGGUACACCUGGCAAGAGAUCCAGAGGCACAAUCAGGAGAACGACCUGUGGCUGGUAAUCCAUCGAAAAGUUUAUAAUGUCACUGACUGGGCCAAAAGGCAUCCUGGUGGGCACCGGGUCCUCAACCACUAUGCUGGGGAAGACGCCACGGAUGCCUUCAGGGCCAUGCACCUGGAGCUUGACAUUGUGAAGCUGUACCUGAAGCCGUUGCUUAUUGGAGAGCUUGCUCCAGGAGAGCCCAACCAGGAGAGAAACAAAAACUCCCAGCUGGUGGAAGAUUUCCAAGAACUGCGMAGGACGUUGGAAGCUUCGAACAUGUUCAGGGCCAACCUGUGGUUCUUCUUUCUCCACCUCAUCCARAUCUUGAUUUUGGAAGUCCUGGCGUGGCUGAUACUGUGUCAUUUUGGCAAUGGCUGGACUGUCACAUUGUUCAUCUCCUUUCUUCUCACAGUGUCUCAGGCUCAGAGUUCAUUUCUGCAGCAUGACAUAGGACACCUUUCCAUGUUUAAGAAGUCCAAGUGGAACCACCUGAUGCACAAGUUUGUGAUGUGUCAUCUCAAGGGCCUGUCAGCAAACUGGUGGAACUACCGACACUUCCAACAUCAUGUAAAACCGAAUAUCUACCCCAAAGAUCCAGAUAUUGACAUGGGCCCGCUUUUUCUGCUUGGAGAUUCACAGCCCAUCAAGUAUGGCAAGAAGAAAAUCAAGUACAUCAACUAUGAAAAGCAGCACCUGUACUUCUACUGGGUUGGGCUCCCCCUCCUCAUGCCUGUGUAUUUCAAUCUGCAAUCCAUGCAAGUGAUGUACCUUCGAAGGUAUUGGGUGGACAUUGCCUGGGUCAGCAGCUUUUAUAUCCGCCAUUUCAUCACAUUUGGCCCUUUCUAUGGAAUUUUUGGAACUGUGUUGCUCAUUUAUUUGGUCAAGUUUCUUGAAAGUCCCUGGAUUGCAUAUGUUACCCAGAUGAGCCACAUACCAAUGAAAAUGAGCACGGAGGAGAAUCGCGACUGGCUCAGUACUCAGGUCUUGGCCACCUGUAAUAUUGAACAGUCUUUUUUCAAUGACUGGUUCACAGGACAUCUGAACUUCCAAAUCGAACACCAUCUGUUCCCCACRAUGCCGCGCCAUAACUAUCACAAAGUGGCACCUCUGGUGAGGUCACUGUGCACCAAGCACGGAUUGCAGUAUGUGAAUAAGCCCAUGUUGAAGGCAUUUGGAGAUAUCAUCAGGGCCUUGAAGAAAUCUGCAGCCCUCUGGAUGGAUGCUUACUAUGAAUGA